GUGGGCAGUACCUGUCUGUCCCUGAGCUGAAGGCGGGACAAAGGAGCGUUCGUGGCGCUCGAUUGGCCAUCCAGAUCCUCCCUCUCUGGAGCCACGGCGACCUGUGUUUCUCCUUCUCCCAUUGGCUGGCGGGGCGUGAUGUGGGUGUGCUGCAGCUGUUUGUCAGGAAAACGGGUCGGGACCAGAGGUUUGGCUCCGCCCUCUGGGGCAGGACAGGUGGACACGGUUGGAGGCAGACACAGGUUACCUUGGCGGCACAAUCUGUGGACAGAGUGUUGCUGAAGGCUGAGCGGAGGAGAGGAACAGGAGGACAGGUGGCGGUUGAUGAUGUCACUCUGAGACGGGGGGCGUGUCGAUGACAUCACUGACACAGUUUGAUGAAGAGACGAUUCAAAGGAGCGUUCGGCUGUUUUUAACCAGACAUGCGAUGAAGAUGAACCUGAAAACUGUCAGUCGGACCACCUUCAUCACUGCAGCGCUUCAUCAUCCUCAUCCUCACUCUGCUGCUGGGYUUCUUCUGUUCAGAACUGAGACGUUUACAAGUUCCAACAUUUAUUUCAGCUCCGCCUCCUUUAAAGAGUUAAAUCAUGUUCAUCGYUCUAAUGUUUCAAAACUCCAAUGAGAUGAACGUUUCCACAACGUUUCAGCUGGAAAAUGUUUUUCUUCUGAGAUCAGAUGAACUGUUUCCUCAUAUUUAAAGGACCAAGACCCUAAAGGAUCAGGCACRGAGGAGGCAGCAUCAUACUGAGGGACAUCUUUAUGGUGCGGUAUGAGGGCCAAAAUUAAGACUGUUGCUCAACCAACUGUUGCUACAUCCUUGUAGCAGGAGGAUAAAUCUGUUC